AAGCUCUUUCCAAUUCGAUACUUUCCGGGCUUAUUUUCCCGAACUCCCACCUCCCCCUUCCGUCCGAAGCCUGCGAACGACCAACACAGUGUGACAUCUACAGCCAUGUCCAAAACCUUCACCCAGAGCGACGUCGCGUCGAACAACAAGUCGGAUUCCCUAUGGAUCGUUGUCGACGGCGACGUCUAUGAUCUCACCAAGUUCCAGGAUGACCAUCCGGGCGGCAAGAAGAUCCUCCAAAGAGUCGCCGGCAAGGAUGCGUCCAAGCAGUUCUGGAAGUACCACAACGAGGGUAUCCUCAAAAAGUACCAGAAGCAGUUGCAGAUCGGUUCUCUAGACACCAAGCCGAAGCCCGCUGCUCCUCCCGCACCCGCACCCGCCCCCAAGAAGGAGGCGCCCAAGGCUGCCGCUGCUGCCACUGCUGCUCCUGAACAGGAGGCCGAGGCUCUCGAGCCCUUUGGCGAGCAAAUCCCCUUUUCCGACCCCGGUUGGUACCAAGGCCACCACUCGCCCUACUUCAACGAGACACACGCCGCGCUCAGGGCCGAGAUCCGCGAGUGGAUUGACACGGAAAUCGAGCCGAAUGUCACCGAGUGGGAUGAGAAGAAGGAGGUACCGGCCGAGGUGUACAAGGAGAUGGGCCGCCGCGGCUACCUAGCUGGGCUGCUCGGCACACACUACCAAAAGGACUACGUCCAGAACUCCAUCAAGUCGGUGCCCCACGACAAGUGGGAUCUCUUCCACGAGAUGCUGCUCACUGACGAGCUCAGCCGCACCGGCUCGGGUGGAUUCGUGUGGAACGUCAUCGGCGGUUUCGGAAUCGGCUGCCCGCCGCUAGUCAAGUUCGGCAAGAAGCCGCUCCUCGACCGCAUCCUACCGGGCAUUCUUAACGGCGACAAGCGCAUCUGCCUGGCCAUCACCGAGCCCGACGCCGGCAGCGACGUUGCCAACCUGACAUGCGAGGCCAAGCUGAGCGAGGACGGUAAGCACUACAUCGUCAACGGCGCAAAGAAGUGGAUCACCAACGGCAUCUGGUGCGACUACUUCACCACCGCCGUACGCACCGGCGGCCCCGGCAUGAACGGAGUGUCGCUACUGCUCAUUGAGCGCGACUUCGGCGGUGUGUCCACGCGCCGCAUGGACUGCCAGGGUGUGUGGUCCAGCGGCACCACCUACAUCACGUUCGAGGACGUGAAGGUGCCCGUCGAGAACCUGAUCGGCAAGGAGAACCAAGGCUUCCGUGUCAUCAUGACCAACUUCAACCACGAGCGCAUCGGCAUCAUCAUCCAGUGCCUGCGCUUCUCGCGCGUGUGUUACGAGGAGUCGGUCAAGUACGGCAACAAGCGCAGGACGUUCGGCAAGAAGCUCGUCGACCACCCCGUCAUCCGCCUCAAGUUGGCCCACAUGGCCCGCCAGAUCGAGGCCAGCUACAACUGGCUUGAGAACAUCAUCUACCAGUGCGAGAAAAUGGGCGAGACCGAGGCUAUGCUGCACCUCGGCGGACCUAUCGCCUCGCUCAAGGCCCAGUCCACCGUCACCUUUGAGUUCUGCGCCCGCGAGGCCUCGCAGAUCUUUGGCGGCCUGUCGUACUCGCGCGGUGGCCAGGGCGGCAAGGUCGAGCGCCUCUACCGCGACGUCCGCGCCUACGCCAUCCCUGGUGGUAGCGAGGAGAUUAUGCUCGACCUGAGCAUUAGGCAGAGCAUGAAGGUGGCCCAGAUGCUGGGUAUGAAGUUGUAAAUGCCAACUGACCGGUCGCUCAUAAUACGGAACUUGGGAAAGAAAGUAGGGGGCGGGGGAAGGGGCUUCGGGAUCGGGGCUGUUUUUUGUAUAACCACAGUACUUAUAUGGGUUGGUAUCUUUCUGUUUAAUUGUUGUUUAGAUGUCUUUUAGGGAGAAUCUCGGAACCAAUCCUUCUCCUAGAGAGCUUUUGGCUACACGGGGAUUAGUACCAUCGCCGAGAAAUUGGCCGGCGUAACGGGGAAAUAGAGACCUUAAUCACAGAAGAAACGUCCACUUUCGCGUGAACUCGGUUAAAGGGGUUGGCACAGUCCCUGGAAGAUCGUCUUAUCAGAGCUCCGCUGCAGUUG